CCCCACCUUCAAUGUCCUACUCGCAUUCAAAGUUACGUGCAUUCCACUUUACAUAAAGUAAACAAAAUUAAAAAGAAAAAGAAAGGCCAAGUAUAAAGACAUGAGUGACAAGAGCCACAAACCACCAUGAAAGACACUGUUUUCCCCAAAGCAAAACCACCAUGAAAGACACUGUUUUCCCUUCAUCCAAACAAGCCACAAACGGCGGCGGGGCCGCCAAAACUACCUUUCCCGCCACCAAAUCUCAACUAUACGGAGCCACCCGCCCUCUCUACCUUCCACAACCAAAGCCUCACCGUUACCGCCGGUCCUGCUGUUGUUCAUGUUGCAUUUGGACCACCGUCACCAUCCUCAUCCUCCUCCUCCUCGCCGGCUUAUCAGCCGCCAUAUUAACCCUUAUUUACAGCCCCCACCGCCCCACUUUCAGAGUCUCCUCCCUCAGAGUCUCCACCCUUAAAAUCACGUCAUCUUCCAAGCUCAUCACCAACAUCACUCUCAACGUCAACGCCAAAAACCCUAAUAAAGAACUCAUCUACAUUUACGACCCUAUCGCCAUAUCUCUCACCACCAAAAACGACGUCGUUAUAGCGAAGGGCUCGUUUGGUCCCUUCAUACACGGUACUAAAAACAAUACCCUUUUGAAAGCCACCAUUAAUGGUGGAAACCAAGAACUGGAUGACUCGUCGGCCGGCGAGUUAAGGGUUGCCUUGAAGAACAAGAAAGGGUUGCCAUUGAAGAUGAAGCUUGAUACUAAAGUGAAAGCUAAAAUUGGUGGCUUAAAAACACCAAAGGUUGGGAUUAGGGUCAUUUGCGAAGGGAUUAAAGUGAGUGCUCCAAAAGGAAAAUACCCAUCAAAGGCUUCAAUUUCUAAUGCAAAAUGUAAUGUUGACUUGAGGGUUAAGGUUUGGAGAUGGACUCUUUGAUGAGAAUUGAGGAAGUGAAACAAUGGAGAAAUAGAAAAAAAAAAACAGUUUCUCUUUUGCUUUUUUAAUUUUUUUUUGGUUAAUAAUAUUGUGUAAAUUUGGAGAUUGUUUGUAAUAACAGGAUAGGAACUUGAUGUUUUUCUUUUGUUUUUGGAUUUGGUGUAUUUUUUUAAAUUUGAUAUUUAAUUCAAUUAAUUCCAUUUAAUUAGCAGUAGACUACUAUCUGCUGCUACCAACUCACCAACUCACAAUCGCAGCCGGUGGAUUAUCCGAAAUCACUAGCCUAUUUAGUUGACCUGAACCAAUCCUUGACAUGUAGCCUGCAACGUCAUUAUGCUGUUGACCAUUAUGUCUCAGGCAGACACUCCAUUCCUGUCCACCGCAUUAUUCACACCUCAUUCCUCUCGCCAUAACAAUUUCGAAGAAGCUCAACAAGCAAACCAUUAUCGCUUUACAGCUCAACCCUUCGAAACCAUAUGUCCCAUGCGAACCGCAUCCCCUCGUACAAGGCUUUGGCCUCAUACUUGGAAGAUGGGACUGGCACUGACAUCAAUCGUGAAGCCUACAACCCAAUCCCCGCCACAAUCGCGAAUGACACCACCGAUGCUUCCUUACUUCCCACAACUUGACAGAAAGCAACUCGUAUUAACCUUCACCCACCACAACCGCGAAUGACACCACCGAUUUAAGAGAUAAAUUAUCUUCUCACAAAAUUCUAUCAUGCAAAAUGACGUACAGGGUUGUCAAAGAGCCAAGUUGUUUUCUAAGUAAAGCCUGUUAUGUUUUGUCUUUGACCCAAUUUCUUUUCCUUUCCUAAAGAGAAAGGAAAUAUUAAAAAAAAAAAGAAAUUCUUUAUAUAAAUCUAUAUAUUAUAAAUAUUAGGUGACUUUUUUUAAAUAAUAUAGGUGAUUUUUAGUGGUUGUCAUGUCAUGUCAUACUCCAAAUAUGAAGAGUUUUCAAUUAAGACAAAAAAUUAAUCCAUUAUUCUAUUAAAUAAAUAAACUACUAAACAUUGAAUAGGAUAAUGAGUAGGUGAAAGUUGGCAAAACAUUUUAUAAUAAUGGUGUUUUAAGGUAUUUUAAUACAUUAAUAAAUAUAUUUAUAGUUUUUUAAAUAUUAUUGUAUCAUGAUAUUAUAUUCGUGUAAAUAAAAAUAUGAAAUUAAUUGCUUGGUCACUUGUGGAGUGGUUGGUCCUAAGCACCAGCUUAAUUAUAUAGUCUUAGGCUUAGUUUGGAUGAGUGAUUGGGUGCGGUGCAGUGCGUUUAACUUACUUUUUGUCUCACGCUAUAAUAUCGCUACAGUAUCUAAACCACACGCUACAAUAUCGCUACAACAAUAUCGCUACAGUAUCUAAACCACGCUACACAGUAUCGCUACAGUAUCUAAACCGCAAGUAAAUGCACCGCUCAUUCAAAGUCACCCUUAGUCAAAUCAUAAUUAUUAAAAAAAACCCUAAAAAUUAAAGUGAUAGUUGUUAAGAGUAAAAAAUUAUAAAAAUAUAUAUUAUUAAAAUGAUAAAAUUUCAGUUUUAUUGUUACUAUAAUGGUGCAUAGUUAGAGAAUUCUCAAUACAAAUAGAACAAGGUAUAACGUCGAAGGCUUUACUCAGCCGAAUGUGUUUGUUCAAUCAGAUUUCCUUUUAGCUAUUAAGAAAGUCACUGAUGCUCUUAAUAUACUCUUAAGAUACGUGAUCCUUUUGCUCUUACCAUUGUGAAAUGUAAGCAGUUGAUGUCAAUGUUGUCUUUAUGUAAGAUCGUCUACAUUUUCCAAGAGACAAACUGUUAUUCUGAUUUUCUUACUGCUUGGAGCUAAGACAUGAGUCUAUAAUUAAAAAACAUUGAGAUCCCAACUCUCAUGAAGACCAAGAGCUUAUCGUCUGUAAGCCGAUUAACCACUCAUUUUCUCAAUAGAAAAAGAUAUAUAUAUAUGUAUAUAUAAUAUGAAAUGAAAAGAGAUUGAUUAAAAUCUCACAAUCAAUCUAUUCAAGGGAAGAAUCUAUGUUAUGAACAGAUCUUGAGAAAGCAAGGACAUCAUUAGGGUUUUGAGCUACAUCACCUUGAGUAACAGUCUCAUUAAUCACCAAUUUAGCCAUUGGAUCCAUACCUACUGUCUUUGUUGUUAUUGUUGUGCUUUCAGUUUCUUCCUUUUUCCUUCCCUUUCUCGCUCCUUCUUCUUCUUCUCCAUUUUUGAAUGUUCUCUCUUUCUUAUUAUUGCCCUCCAUCUUCUCUUUG